AUGCAGAUGAAGACAUUGGUUAUGUUUGGUUUUUUAGUUAUUAUUGUUAUGCUAUCAUCAUGUGAAGGCAAACGUUUAUUUUUUGAUAAUGAUGAUAAUGAUAUGACAUUAACUGAAGCUAAAGCUCGUAUGUUCUUAGAGAAUGAUAACAAUGAUGAUUUUGACAAACGAGCACAGAGUGGUGACUGUGUCUUAUGCAAAUUGAACACGUUUCGAUGCUGUAAACCAAAUUUAUGUGUUAAAAAACGAUUUCGACCAGAUGAAUGCAUGGAAGUCAAAGGCAAAUAA